AUCAGAGUCCAGUUAAAGGAGAGUCCCAUAUGCUAAUUUCAAAUCUGCAUCGCUGGUUAUUUAGAUUAAUAUAAACUUAGGCCUGAACAACUGAAAAGUCAAAGGUUUUGCUCACAGUCCAGCCCCGUUUAAUUUUAACACUAAAAACAAGUAGACGGUGUGAAACUAGAUAUUCAAUCCUUUUUUUUUGUUGUUGUUGUUUUGUAACAGACUUCAUAAUCUCCCUACACCACCGGGAGAUGGUACAGUCCACCCUUCCCCCUUCCUCACUUCCUCCCCCUCUUAUUGAGUAGAAUGAAUGAAAGAGAGAGAGAGAAUAUGGGCAGAUAGAGAGAGCUAGAGUCAGAGUGGCGCCCCAAGCAGAGACCUUGCAGCAACACAUUCCUCUGAAGCAGGUUUAUUUGACCAGUUAGUGCUGGUUGAGCUGCAGCCAGGCCUGCGGACUGGUCAACGCUGGGGGAAAAAAGAAAAAAAAAAAAAAAAAAUCAUUCGAAUCAGUCAAGAAGAAGCAGGGAUGAAGCUACUGCUGCUGCUCCUGCUCCUGGAGCAAGCUGUGGCUCAGCAGAGAGGUCUGUUUCCGGCCAUCUUGAAUCUCGCAAGUAAUGCCGACAUCAGCAGUAAUGCCACGUGCGGAGAUCCGGAACCCGAGGUCUACUGCAAACUGGUUGAUCAUGUUCCAGGACGAAAGAUCAAAAAUCCACACUGUCCCAAAUGUGAUGCCAACUCUGUCCUUUCCAAAGGGCGCCAUUCUAUUACAAAUGCGAUUGAUGGAACAAACCAAUGGUGGCAGAGUCCAAGCAUCAAAAAUGGACGACAGUUUCACUGGAUCACCAUUACACUAGAUCUGAAACAGAUUUUUCAGAUCGCUUACAUCAUUAUCAAAGCUGCAAAUUCUCCUCGUCCAGGUAACUGGAUCCUGGAACGCUCACUAGAUGGUGCGACCUUUUACCCGUGGCAGUUUUACGCCAUCAGCGACACUGAGUGUUUAUCUCGUUACAAUAUCACACCGAGGCUUGGGCCACCAACAUACAAGAGAGACACAGAGGUCAUCUGCACAUCCUAUUAUUCUAAGCUGAAUCCACUGGAGCACGGAGAGAUCCACACUUCUCUGAUAAAUGGGCGCCCUGGGGCUGAUGAUCUAACGCCUGACCUCCUGAACUUCACGUCAGCUCGUUACAUCAGGCUUAGACUUCAGCGAAUCCGGACGCUUAACGCUGAUCUGAUGACACUGAGCAGCCGAGACCCUCGAGAAAUUGAUCCCAUCGUGUCCCGUAGGUAUUAUUACUCCGUCAAAGACAUCUCGGUGGGUGGGAUGUGCAUCUGUUACGGACAUGCAAAAAGUUGCCCGCUCGACCCCGUCACUAAGAAGCUGCAGUGCGUGUGUGAACACAACACCUGUGGAGAGAGCUGUAACCAGUGUUGCCCUGGUUACCACCAGCAGCCAUGGCAACCUGGUACCCUUACUGAGGGAAACACAUGUGAAAAGUGCAAUUGUCACAAUAAGGCCACGGACUGUUACUUCAACCAAACCGUUGCUGACCUCUCACUGAGUCUAAACUCUCGAGGCUCCUAUCACGGAGGGGGGGUUUGUCUCAACUGUCAACAGAACACAGAUGGAAUCAACUGUGAAUCAUGUCGUGAUGGAUACUACAGGCCUGCUCAGGUUUCACCGUACUCCGAUUAUCCUUGCGUUGAGUGCAAUUGUAACCCAAAGGGAUCAGAAUCGUCGGUUUGUGUCAAAGACGACAAACAACAACCAGGUGUCUCUGCGGGCAAGUGUGUGUGUCGAGAGGGUUUUGCAGGUCAACAAUGUGACCGUUGCGCAUUUGGAUACAGAGAUUUUCCCCAGUGUGCAAAGUGUGAGUGUAACCUGUCAGGCAGCAUCAACAACGACCCCUGUGCUCCCUGCAUCUGCAAGGCCAACGUAAUGGGCGCUCAUUGUGACCUCUGCAAACCGGGAUUCUACAACCUGCAGAACGAUAACCUUCUCGGCUGCACGGAGUGUUUUUGCUUUGGUGUUUCUGACGUGUGCGAGAGCUCUCACUGGUCUACAGCUUCGGUGCAUUAUAAAGAUGCUUGGCUCAGCCCCGCUACUGACUACGAUAAACCUGCCAUUCAUGACAACAACCUUCUCAUUCCUGCCAACGUCUCCUUUGGCCACACCCAUGGGCAAAUGCUGUCAUGGGCAGCACCGGCUAGUUUCUUAAGGAACAAGCUGAUGUCAUAUGGAGGUUACCUGAACUACUCUGUGGUUUACGACGCCCCGAUGGACAACAUCGACCGCUCCCUUCCUGCACUGUCUGACAUCAUCAUUGAGGGAAAUGAACGAGCUCUUCGCACGUCCACUCGUCCCGUGCUUCAUCUUUCACCGUUGGCUGAGAGCGCUGUUGUCGUUAAGAUUGUGCCGGCGCAGCUUGUUGACAAUCUGACCAAUGCUGUGGUAACACGCGAUGACCUCCUGUCUGUGCUCACAAAUGUGGUGUCCUUGAAGGUCAGGGUUCACAUUAAUGCCUCUGCAGAUGGACCCAUACGACUCAGUUCAGUGUCCCUGACCAUCGCUGACGCCGCAUCAGUUUCUGGUGCUCCGGCUGUUGCAGCGGAGAUGUGUGAAUGUCCGUGGGGUUACAGUGGCACAUCCUGUGAGGCAUGUCUGCCAGAUUUUUACAGAGUGGGUGGCGUCAUGUUUGGAGGCAACUGUAUGCAGUGCGAGUGUAACGAUCACGCCAAGCAGUGCGACAUCUAUGGCGUCUGUGUGGUGAGGCUCGAUUACUUCAGUCCUACUUGUGUGCUGGAAGCUUCGGGACAGGUGACAUGUGACCAGUGUCAGGUCGGAUACACAGGAGUUAACUGCGAAAGGUGUGCCACUGGUUACUAUGGUAACCCACAAGUAGUGGGAGGAGUCUGUGUCCCGUGCGACUGCAACGGCAACGUGGAUGUGAGUGAGUUCGGACAUUGCGACGCAAUCACGGGCGAGUGCCUCCUUUGCCUUGGCAACACAACCGGAAGACACUGUGAAAUCUGCCAGCCUGGCUAUUAUGGAGAUGCUAUUCAGGCCAAAGACUGUCGAGAGUGUGGGUGUGAUGUCAGUGGUGCACUUUCCAGCCAUUGCGAUCUGACAACAGGAAAAUGUUCAUGUCGAGAGAAAGUGACAGGACGAGCUUGUGACACCUGCCUGCCCGGUUUCUUUGGUUUGCAAAAAAGUGGAGGCUGCUCGGCCUGUAACUGCAGCCAGUCAGGAUCCGUUUCCAAGACAUGUGACGAGGACGGACGGUGUCAGUGUGUCGAGGGUGUGGGCGGAGACAGGUGUGACAGAUGUAGUCGUGGGUAUUAUGGUUUCCACGGCAGCGGCUGCACAGCAUGCACAUGCGAACACACCGGAGGAAACUGUGACCCGGAAAGUGGGGAAUGUAUUUGUCCGGCCCACACAGAAGGCGACAGGUGUGAAAGGUGUGAGACAGGUUACUGGGGUCACGACCUGAUCCAUGGCUGUGAGCCAUGCAGCUGCAGCAUCGCAGGAAGCUCUGGCCCAAAUUGCAAUGUCACAACUGGACAGUGUCAGUGCAUACAAGGAUUCUCUGGCAGGAUAUGUGAUCAGUGUGCACCAGGUUACCAUGGUUACCCAGCAUGCUUGACAUGUGGCUGUGAUGUGGCGGGAACCGAAGAGCGCUUCUGCAAUACAACACUGGGACUGUGUGACUGUAAACCCACGGGCGUGUGUGCAUGCAAGGUGGGUGUGACCAGCCUUCACUGUGAUGAGUGCAAAUCCGGCUGGUUUGGUUUGUCGACGGCAAAUCCAAACGGCUGCUCUCAAUGUUUCUGUUCGGGACUCAGCCGUGACUGCGAGGAGAAAGGAGGACUGAGGAGAGAACAGGUCAGCCUUGGUCACUCUCCUGCCCUUCUCUCAUUGGUAAGUCAGUCUAACCUGCGCGGUGUAGUGUCCGGAGUUUAUCAGCAGAGUGGAGACAUGCUUCUCGACACUCGCCAAGUGAACAUGAGCACGCUGACGGGCCCCGUUUACUGGAAGCUUCCUCCGCAAUUCGAAGGCGAUCAGCUCAUGUCCUACGGGGGCCACCUGUCUUACAACGUGACCUUCUAUGCUGAAGAUGGUUCCGGAUUGUCCAAUCAGGAGCCUCAGGUGUUGAUAAGAGGAGGAACCCUGAGAAAGCAUGCCAUAUACACUGACAUGGUCGCCCCACCGAACGGCGUUACGACUCAGCAUUACAUCAAAAUGGCAGAGCACAAAUGGAAGUAUUUCAACUCCGUGUCGGAAAAGGCCGUUAGUCGUGAUGACUUCAUGUCUGUCCUCAGCAGCAUCCAGUACAUUAUCAUCAAGGCAUCGUAUGGAACAAAACUCCAACAAAGCAGAAUCUCCAACAUUACAAUGGAGACAGCUGUAGAGUCGGAGCCAGAGGAACUAGCCUAUCGCAUGAGGGACGCAGUCAGACUGAUUGAGUCUUGCAGUUGUCCACCUGGGUACAGUGGACUGUCCUGUCAGGAGUGUGCGCCAGGUUACUUCCGUCAGUCUCAGUCAGAGUUGUCCUCUCAGAGUCGAAAAUCCAUGGUCGUUACGCCGUGUAUCCCCUGUCAAUGCAACAAUCACAGCACGAGCUGUGACAAGGAAUCUGGAGAGUGUCUGGACUGCCAGCACCAUACCAGUGGGCAUCGAUGUGAGUCGUGCGCUCUGGGGUAUUACGGAAAAGUCAGAGGGUCCAUCAGUGACUGCUCACUCUGUGGAUGUCCACUCCGCGACAAUAGUUUCAGUUCCACGUGUGUGUUGGAUGGAGCUUUUGGGGACUAUCGCUGCACCGCAUGUCAAAGGGGAUAUGAGGGCAGAUACUGUGAGAGGUGUUCUUUGGGUUACUACGGUAAUCCCUCAAAGCCUGGUGGACAGUGUUUCCCGUGUUCCUGCAGUGAGUGGGGCUCUGUCCAGCCACUAUGUGACCAGCUGAGUGGACAGUGUGAGUGUAAAGCUGGGGUCAAGGGCCAGUUAUGCGAACACUGUGAUGAGAGACACGUCCUGGAGGAAGGAGAGUGUGUGUCGUGUAACGAUGCGUGCACCGGUCUACUGCUGGAUGAUCUUGACAAACUACACAACAUCUUUUUAACUGUGAAUGUAAGUGCCAUUGUCAUGGCACCAUAUGGCCAGAUGGUGGCUUUGGAAAACCAGACCAGAGGACUGCAGGUCGCGUUAUCACAGAACAACUCAGUGGCAUCGUAUGUAUCCGGAGAAAAAGAUCGUGUUGAUCGUAUGACCUCUGACCUCAGCAAAUUACUGAAGCAGGUGACGCAUCUGUCUGACCGUCGGGAGGAAGUAGAGCUGUCCGCAAACACCAGUCUCUCCCAGGGUGCAUUGCUGCUGACAGACAUCACCAGACUUCAGAAAAACAUUCAGGUUCUGCAGAUGGAGAUGGAACAUCUGAAUCAAACCAAGGGGGAGAUCCAUACGUCCAAACAGAGACAUAUGUUGGAGGAGCUGGAGGUUUUGUUGGAAACAAUGAGCGAUGUCAACUUAACAGUUGGCAAUGCGCUAGCUGGUCAGGAGCUAAUGCUAGCUGAAUCCCUCCUUCACCUACUGGAGUCGGAUUUCGUGUCUGUCAGAGAAGCAUUUGACACCAAGCUCCUUGCUUUGUCCCGCAUGCUCGCCACCAACACAGAGAGGCUGAACAACGUGUAUUCACUCCUCAAUAACGCUGCACAAAACAACACGCAAACACACGAUGUCCUCGAACGAAUGCACGCGCUGCUGCAAGAUUAUGAGCCCCUCUGUCAGAACCUGAACGGGACAUACAUCUCCGUGGACACCCUGGUAGAGGACAGUCAACUUUUGCUGAACGAUGCCGUUAGCCUUAUUGAGGAUUUGACGAAGAGCAACACGCAGGUGGAGCUGUUGAGCACGGACUUGGACCAGUGGCGUCCCCUGCUGAGAAAAAAGGUUGACGGUCUCGUAAUUGGACUCAAGGAAACAGACGGCCUAGAAAACAUUUAUCGCGCUGAGAGCCAUGCCCACAUGCUCGAGAACCAAGUUUACGCCAUGCGCAGCUCUCUGUCUGCGGUUUUUAACUUGUCUCGAAAUGGCAGUCAAUUGGUCCAGCUCGGAGGUGACGUCUCACAGCAAGUUGACGCCGCUGAACAGGAGGCGUCAUCCGCCCUCACCUCUGCCUCCGUUGCUCUGAACGUGACUGCCCAAACUAAACAGCUGCUCUCAGGGAACGGCGAAGAGGAGGACAGAAGUGGCAGUAUUUUACUAGCAAGUCAACAAAUGGUCAAGGCAGCUGAAGACAUGCACUCAAAAGUCUCUAAUGGAACCAGCAGACUCCAAAUGCUCCGAGAGGAUGUCGGGAAAACAAGUCUACACCUUCAAAAGCCAAUGAAAGAGCUGCUAAGUAUCAAUGGUUCCUCGUGGACAUUGUCCCAGGCUGUAUCUCAGGCAACAAGUGCACAGUCCGGCAUGCAGGAUGUGCUGCAACGCCUACAAGGAUUCAGGGAUAAGCUUCAGAUUUCUUCCUCCACGGUGGAAAACGCCGCUGACGCAGUGAGAGACACCAACAAGAUAAUGACACAGACACAUACCGCGGCCAAUGAGGUGAAGAGCAAGCUGGAGGAGGCGGAGCAUCGCACGGAGCAUCUCAUGAAGCAGAUCAAGCCGUUGAGCAUGAUGGGAGAAAAACUAAGCCGCAACCUGUCGGACAUCAGAGAGCUCAUUGACCAGGCUCGAAAACAGGCAGCAUCGAUAAAGGUGGCGAUGCAGGCGGACAAAGACUGCGUUCGAUCGUACAGACCACAGAUCGAGUCAAGUAACGUCAACAGUCUGAGUCUGAUUCUGAAAACUACAAGUAGAGAAAACCUGCUGUUCUACCUGGGCAGGAACAGCACGGGGGACUAUUUGGCAGCAGAGAUGCAUGAUGGGAAAGUGUCUGUGUUGUGGGAUCUGGGUUCAGGCAGUAGCAGAGUUGAGUUCCCCGGUCUGGACAUUGCAAACAACAAGUGGACAAGGAUAAAUGCCACACGCUACGGCGUCAAGGUUUCGCUGUCUGUACAUCAGCUGGAGUCAAAGACGCCGCCUCUCCCCGCAGUGACAGGCACAUCACCCGGAACAUCUCAGACUUUGGACAUGGACAGAGACUCAGUGAUCUACGUUGGGGGGCUGGGGACUCGCAAUCAGGGAGUCGCGGGCCUGAGGUCAACUACAUUCCAGGGCUGUCUGGGAGAGGUUUCCCUCAAUGAGAAGAACAUUGGGCUUUGGAACUAUGACAGCAGGGAGGGGAAGUGUGGAGGCUGCUUUAGCAGUCCACAGAUGGAGGAAACGGCCUUUCACUUUGAUGGAUCCGGAUACUCGGUGGUCCAUAAGUCCCUGCGUGCGACUUCUACGUCCAUUGUGCUGCUGUUUAAAACUCUGUCACCCGGCGGCUUGCUGUUGUACCUCGCUUCGAACAACACCAGAGACUUCCUGUCCAUUGAGCUUGUGGAGGGACAUGUCCGAUUGAACUUUGACCUGGGUUCAGGUGUCCUGACCCUGACCUCGAACAGGAAAUACAAUAGAAACACGUGGUACAAAAUCACACUGCAGAGGAAUAAACGCAAAGGGUACAUGUCGAUCAUGGCUGCAGACCAGUCGUCAGAGAAGGAGGUAUUGGAGGCGGAGUCUCCAGGAACGGCCUCAGACCUAAACCGAUCCGACCUAGAUCCCAUCUACAUAGGAGGACUUCCUGCGUCCAGGCCAGCCAGGCGUCAGUUAGUGUCCAGGUCAUUCGUUGGUUGUAUUAAAAAUGUGGAAAUCUCUCGCUCCAACUUUGACCUGCUGAGAGAUGCGUACGGUGUCCGGAAGGGCUGUGUCGUAAAGGCUGUACGGAGUGUAUCGCAUUUGAACGGUGGCUUCGUUCAGAUUCCUGCUUUAGUAAGCGGUCUGGAGGCUGAGCUUCUCUUCUCCUUUACCUCCAACAACCACUCAGGAAUCCUUCUUGCUGCACUCAGCUCAGAUGGAAAGCACUUUCUGUCAAUUCACCUGGUAUCAGGCGUUAUAGAGGCAGAGUUUGGCGAAGGGGGCGGAGCUACUCGCCGGGUGAAAGUCAUGAAGCGUGACAGAGGCUCGUUCAGCGAUGGCGAGACACACUCUGUGAUUGUCAGCGUAAACCGGAAGUCUCUGUACGCCCAGGUUGACGACAAUCACAUGAAGUCUGUUCCUGUUUCUUCGUUUGGAUUCCAUCGCUCAUCCCUGGAUUUAUUCUUCAUUGGUGGGCUGCCCUCAGGGAUGGAGUCACAGCUACCAAUCAGAUUACAGGAAUUUUCCAAGUCAUUCAGAGGCUGCAUUCAACACCUCGUCAUAGAUGGAGCACUCAUUGACCUAUCAGGAGCUGUGAGGUACGAGGGAGUGAAGUUUGACAGCUGCCUCCUGCAGGAGAGCGAGGGGGCGGUGCUCCCUGACACCCAGGAUUUAGAACCAACUCUAGAUCCAGACCCAGCACACCUGUCAGUCGCCACGCCCACUCACCUGAGCGCUCUAACUCCCGGAGCGAUGACGUGCACGUCGGAGACCGAGCCUACUUUCCUGUUGUCAUCAGCUCAGUUUGCUUUGUCCAAACAUAGUCACAUGACCUUCAUCAUUGACCCAAACACAGUCAGGAAGAGCGUCUCCAUCAGGUUGUCGGUCCGAAGCCGUGGAAGCAAUGGGGCUAUUCUGACCCUCACUGAUUCCAAACACAUGGAUUUCGUUGUCAUCCGACUGACGGCUGGAAAACUGAUGAUGUCAGCCGACCUGGGCAGAGGUCCCGCUUCGGUCACGUCAUCUGUGGCCGUAAAUGACGGCGAGUGGCACAACGUGAGCGCCGAGGUUGGACGACGGCUGUUGUCCCUGUCUGUUGACAGUCUCGGUCUUGAGUCUGUGACAAUCAAAGGAAACCAACUCGAUGUAGAUGACCGACUCUACCUUGGGGGCCUUCCUCACACACUGACCAGCCGGCGGCUCAAUGUCAGUAGCAGUCUACCAGGUUGUCUUCGAUCAGUCAGCCUAAAUGGAGCCACGCUGGAUCUGACAAGGCCUGCCUCAAAGCAGGAUACCACUUCCUGUUUCAGCAGGGAUCAAACAGGAAGUCACUUCAACGGCAGCGGUUACGCGGUGCUCAUGCACGACGGAUACAAAGUUGGCUCGGACCUAACGAUAACGCUGGAGUUUCGAAGCAGCCAAUUGGAUGCGGUAUUUGUGGGCAUCAGCAGUGCGAAGGUGGAUGCGAUUGGCUUGGAGAUGAUCAACGGACAGGUGGUGUUUAACGUGAACAAUGGAGCCGGACGGGUGUCGGUUCGCUCCAACGGUCAGCUGUUGUGCGACGGAAGGUGGCACGUCUUGCAGGCCAGGAAAACCAAACACAGCUUGAGCCUGAGCGUGGAUGGGCGAAGUUAUACUACAGCGAAUCCUUACCCACAGUCAACCUCUGCUGAAACCAACAACCCCGUGUAUUUGGGCGGAUUCCCAGUGGACGUGAGACAGAACUGCCUGUCCAUCAGCUCCAGGUUCAGGGGUUGUCUGAGGAACCUGCAGCUCGUCAGAUCUCACAUGAGCAACACACUGGACCUGAGCUCUGCCCACUUCCUGUUAGGUGUCACACCAUACUCGUGCCCGGCCACAUAGAUACAACUUGCAGACCAAUCAACAUAAACAUGUACAUAUCGAAGAGGUAAUUGAAUGUGAAUUGUUUUUUCUUUUUUUUCUAAUGAUACUGAUCUGGAUGGAUGGACUGAUCUAACCUGAUCUAACAUCUACAACAAAAAGUAUUGUCUACCCAAAUCCUUGUUUAGCCACAGUAUUUUCUUAUAAAAAAAAAAAAAAAAUUUGGGGUCGCGACCACACAUGGGAUUGCCUGAAAUGUCAAGUAGUUGAUUUAAAAAUUGACUGUUAAAAAUAUUUUUUCAAUUAAGUUUUUUAAAAUUUUAAACAAAAAUUCUUGCACAAUUGUACUUGUUUUUUUUUCAAUUUCAUGAAUAUACGUUGAAAUAAAAUGUAGCAUUUAAAAAUAUCCGAGC